UCUCGUACCAUUCAAUUGCAAACUUGACGACUAUCCAUUGGUGUCCCCUUCAAGAAGGAUGGUUCAAGUCUUGUCUCUCUUUGGACUAGGCGUGAUCUCGAUUGCCGUUGCUCAAUUAAUCGCUUAUCAUCCUCAAGAAAGCCAUAACCAAGGCCAGUUGUUGGGCAUAACAAACAGACCCAGGAUCCUCAAUCAAUAUCAGGUCCAUGGUAUCAACCACAACAAGCUCCACUUCUUGGAUCGUCAAGGAGUCAUUCAGGAUGCCUUGAACAAUCCAACGGCCCUUGCCAUUGGGGUGUUGGCCGUGGGAGGAGCUGUAUCCUUAGGUUUAGGUCUUGGCCAUGCCAACGCUCGACGAGAACGCCUCCGCACGGAUUUGGAUGCCAAGAUCCUUGAGAAUUGUUCCGAUACCCAGCUGGUGAUUAAACUCAUUCAAGAGGGUAUCAAUUAUGCACUCGAAGCCCUAAGCCCCGCUAACGCAGGAGGAAGAUCCGUUGAGGAUCCCGCAUUAUUUCGCCAAGCUGAUAUUGAGCAAAUAUUGAAAGGUUAUCGCGAUGCUUUGCCAGCCAGAACUUGUGCCUGAUGACCAAUGCCAACACUAUGUGGCACACUGGUUCAUUUUGUUUUGACACACUCUUUUAUUUUGCCGGAAUAUACCAUCGUCAUUGCUCAUAAA